GGAAGAAAUGAAUAAAUGCCAAGAACAGAACCAAAACCGUACCAAAGAAACCAAACAGAAAAUGGAGAAAUCUGAGAGACAGAACCAAACACAAUUCCCAGGAACCAAUCAGAAAAUACAGAGGCCUGAGCAGAGAAAGCAGCAUCUCCUCUGGGACUGCGGCAGCACACUCUAUGAUUCCUUCGAGCUCAACUCCUUCCAGCGCCAACUCGACUCCGCAAUCCACUCCCGCACCAUGUCCAUGCCUCACUUCUCCGACGCCCGACCUCCGGUACCUCCCUCGCCCCCUGUCUCCAAGAAAUCUUCCAAGAUCUCCCGAUCCUUCCAGAAGCUUUUCAAAUCGAUGUUCAAGUCGAAACAGAACUCCGGUCCGCUUUUCCGGUUACGCUCCAACGACGACGAGUACUACGUUUAUGAUAAGUCGGGCGCGCUGACGACGAUUCCUGAGGUCCCGGAGAUUGAUUUUAGCAGACCUUCUCCGGAGAUUAACUCGCUCGUCAGUAAAACCGCAUCGGAGAGGUUCACGGCGCAGGCUGCGGCGUCAAUUGGUAUAUCAUGUGCUUAAAUAUGUAGAGCAAGGUAAUAAUAAUCAUGAGAACAUAUAAAUAACGAUGGAUAUGAUUGUAUAAUUUAUGCAUACUUAUGGUCUUAAUUAGGAUGUUUUGUGGCUUAAGUUUACGUCGCUUGGAGUUUUGAACUUUCGACUCUUAAUUUCAUGGUUUUUCUCAGUUUUAACAUAAUUAUUGAUUAGCCUUUUGAUUUAGUUUCAUAAAUUAGGGAUUAAUUG